AUGUCUCUCAUUUGGCUGAUGCUGUUGUUCUCAGCCCAUCUGGCUGAAUGUGUGCCAGCGAAGCCAAAGAGAUCAGCUCUGAACCAGCUGACCAGAACCCUCCUGCGGAAAUACGACUGUGGAGUUCGACCUGUUCACAACUGGACCAGUCCUACCACUAUCUACGUAGACUUCAUACUACAGUCUGUCCUCAAUGUGGAUGGAAAGACCCAGAGCAUUACUACAAGUAUUUGGUACAGACAGAUCUGGACAGAUGAGUUCCUGGUUUGGGAUCCAGAGGAGUUUGAUGGCAUCAAUGAGAUCUCACUGUCAUCUGAUGCCAUCUGGAUACCUGAUGUUAUCAUUAGUGAACUUGUUGAUGAGGGGAAGUCCGUUCCAAUCCCCUAUGUUUAUGUCAACUCCUCCGGCUCGGUGAAGAACUACCGGCCCAUGCAGGUGGUGCUGGCCUGCAGCCUGCAGAUGUACGCCUUUCCAUUUGACAAGCAGAACUGCAGCCUCACCUUCCGCAGCUGGCUUCACUCAGUGAAGGAAAUUGACCUGGCUCUGUGGAGGAGUGCAGAGGCCAUUGCUAAUGAUAAGAGGGAGUUCAUGAAUGACGGAGAAUGGGAGCUACUGUCCAUUCCUUCACACUACUGGCAUAUGCACCAAGACGACACCAACUACGCCCACAUCCAGUUCAAUGUGUUGAUCCGCCGACGCCCCCUGCAGUACGUGGUUGGUCUCCUCAUCCCCAGCAUCUUCCUGAUGUUGGUAGAUGUGAUCAGCUUCUACUUGCCCCUGAACAGCAGUACACGCAUUGCUUUUAAGAUCAGCAUACUGCUGGGCUACACUUUAUUCAGAGUCAACCUGACAGAUGAACUGCCGGAAAAUGCUGUCAGAACACCGCUCAUAGGUGUGUUCUUUGUGGUGUGCAUGGCCCUGCUGAUGCUUAGCUUGAUCAAGUCUAUAUUGGUGGUGAAGCUGCUCCACCACAGCGAGAAGGAGGUCAGGGAAAUGUCAGUGUCUGCCUGUCUGCUGGACAAAUACGGCUCAGCUGGUCACGGCUUCACAGAAAGCGCUUUAACCUCUAUCAGAACCCUCGACCACAUCAACCAGUCUGGAGAUUAUGAGCUUGAGCCCACCAUGGAGGAAGAUGCGCUUUCCCUGAAUGAGAUCCAGGAGGCUCCCUCCGGGCUGGAUUGGCUGUUCCAAGAGCUGGUUUCCCUCCGUCUGGCCUUAUCCCAGGAGGACAGUGAGUCUUCUGCUCAAGCUGAUUGGCUGGCCCUCUGUUCUAAGCUCGACUGCUUCCUCUUCCGCCUUUACCUGUUGGUUCUGGGCUCGUACACCGGUACCCUGCUGCUGCUCUGGGCCAGCUGGAGCUUUGUUUAACCGCAUGUUAUAUGCAGCACUUCAGUCUGUGUUUGCAAAGCCUUGUUCACAGAUGCUUUUAUAGGAUUGCUCUGGUUUAUAAAAACUUGGUUCUUAUUUGUGUAGUUCUGGCAUCAUUUUAAUCGGUCAUGAUGACAUUGUACACAUCAAGUUGCUGAGACCUGGAAACCUUGUGACAUCACUACAACAAAGUCCAAAGGGCAAGAAAUACAAAGAGUCAGACGACCAUGCAGGUUGUUAACAACAGUUCAUAUCUAAAUCACUUUAUCUGGAGCUAAAACUGAAAGUGAGCACAUUCGAAAUGUUGGUGAUAAUCCCUCGUUACACUGAAAAUGAUAGUAAUCGCAAUGCUAGCGAGUGAGCAGGUCAACGAUGAACUACAACAGAUAGUUUGUGUAAAAAAUGGCUGUUUGUCUUUGUUUUCUCUCCCAUAUAAGUUUGGCUAACCUGUUUGUUUACAACCUGUUUGAUCGUCUUUUUAGCAGUGUUACCUUGUUCCCAGAUCUUAGCUAUUUAUUAGCCUUAAACCUUCAUCUUGCAAAAAAAGGGUCUGAGGACCAAAAUGUUGUGUUAUUAAAGUGAUGGACAGCGUGUGGGAUUCUUUAGUUUUCUUUUCAAGAGUUUUUGGUCCUACACACUUGUGACUAGGACAUUAUGGGGUGCAGGAAAAUAAAAAAUAUAAUCCAAGUUGUAUAAAACCUCUACUAUCCCUUAAUAUUCUGUUCCUAUAACCUCCAGAUAUUGCUUUCCCACUUUAUAGCAACAUCAUAGUUUGACAGAGACAUUGGUGUAGCGAGUCUGUUAUCAUGUUUUCCAGAGAGAUAGUGUAGAACGAGAUGGCCCUCUGGAGAAAAUCCCUAGUGCCCGUUUGAUGUUAUGAUACUGUAUUCAUACUUUAAUCUCCAUCCCACUGCCAUAAAAUAGAUCAAUAAAACACAUUCAGAGCUCAGCUGCUGUGUCUCUAUUCCCUGCUAGUUUCCUAGUAGUCAUGUUAAGAAUAUCAGAAGUGUGUUAUAGAAAACUUGCCAGUGGAGGGAUCUGUAUUAAUGCACUAUCCAGUGGACCAAGUUACAUGAUGUUAUGCAAGAGAGCUAAAAAAUGUUGUUUACUUGUUGUUUGUUACCUGUUAUUUUGAAAUAAAAGCAAAGCCUUUACGCUGCAUAUGAUUAUUUUGUGAAGAUAAUACAUGAUAUAUACGUGAAAAUAAAAGCCUCACAGAGUAAAACCAAUCAUGGACUUGUGUAUUUUUAUUUCUGAAGUACACUGACUCAUGAGAAAUCUGAUCAUUACCAUAAUAAUAAUAAUAAUAAUACAUUUUAUUUAUGGGUGCCUUUCAAAGCACUCAAGGACACCUUACAAAACACAGUUAAAACAAGCAGCAAUGUAUCAAGACAUCAUAAAAUCAAACAAAGCUUUGAUAAACAAUAAUAAGUUAAUACAAUAGAUAGGUAUAAAAUCAUCAUCAGUGCAAAACCCAAUGUGGGUGUAACCAUUAGAGCCAGGAUCAGACUGAAUAUGCCAUUUUGAAAAAGUAUGUACUGUCAAUAUUGUGAAUAUCUUGUGGGAGAUAGUUCCAGAAGCGGGAUCCAGGACAGCUGAAGGUUCUAGACCAAUGAUAGUCAACAGUGUGGCGGUACUGAUCCUCCAGACCACAGCUGAUCGGAAAGUAGCCUGAGAACCUGCUCCCAGCCACUUGUGAAACCACCUCACAUGGUUCUGUAUAUAGGGAAACGUCCCCUUAAUAAACAAAUGCCUCUUCAACAAUAAUAAUGAAAAAAUGCCUCUUCAAUAUGUGUAAUAAAUAAACAAAAUAUAAAGCCUGCUGGUGUUAGGCUAUUGUGAGGUAAGCACAACCACUUGCACAAAUACCACUAAGAUCAACCAAACGCAGGUCACUUGGUCGAAAGGUUUAUGUUUUAGCAUUCCCUCAAAUCAGAAAGGCAAAAGACCAGAAUGAAGACUCAAAAGGGCCUGAACAAAUCAGAGUUUUUGUCUGACAAGCUCUACAAAUGAGGUCUGCAAACAGUUGAGGAAAGA